CAGAUUCCUGGGAAUUUCCCUCAAUGAAGCUGCACGUACUACUCGCUGCGGUGUCUCUCUGGGUCUUCGUCUCGCUGUCUGAGUCCGCUCCUGGACACACAGACACGCAGCUGCCAGUUCUGAUGCGUUUGGGAGAGGAGUACUUCAUUAGACUGGAUAAUGCCGUUCACAGCCCGCGCGCGCCCGACCGGAGAACCCCGUCCCGCGCCGAGGCUCUUCAGCUGCAGCUCACGCAGCGGCUAGGAGGUAAGAUCGGUAGUGUCGGUAACGGGAUCAUGAACAGAUUCGUGGAACGUGAGCGCCGGUCUGAGGAUCCACAUCCACCAAUCUCGCUGGAUCUGACUUUUCACCUGUUGCGCGAGGUGCUGCAGAUGGCGCGAGCCGAACAACUGGCCCAGCGCGCGAGCAACAACCGCAAAAUGAUGGACGAUUUAGGAAAAUAA